UGCAAGACUGCAGUCCUGUGCGGUGCCGGGAUCAAGGGUGAGAACCUUUGCAGCUACUGCAAUGGGCAGCAAGACCUUGCCAGCACCGGUGCCCAUCCACCCAUCCCUGCAGCUCACCAACUACUCUUUCCUCCAGGCAGUGAACGGCCUGCCCACGAUGCCCUCGGACCAUCUGCCCAACUUGUAUGGCUUCAGCGCAUUGCAUGCUGUGCACCUGCACCAGUGGACGCUGGGUUACCCGGCCAUGCACUUGCCACGUUCCUCCUUCUCCAAAGUGCCCGGCGCUGUGUCCAGCCUGGUGGAUGCACGCUUCCAGCUGCCCGCCUUUCCCUGGUUCCCUCAGGUCAUCCAACCCAAGCCGGAGAUUGCUGCUGGAGGCAGUGGCCCAGCACACAAGACCAAGCCGCGGUUUGAUUUUGCCAACUUGGCUUUGGCUGCCACGCAGGAAGAUCCUUCCAAGCUUGUCCGAGGCGAGGGCCCUGGAUCCCCUGCAAGUGGUUUGGGUGCCCUCCUGGAUGUGACCAAGCUGUCUCCAGAAAAGAAGCCCACAAGAGGACGGCUGCCUUCUAAGACCAAGAAAGAGUUCGUCUGCAAGUUCUGUGGCCGCCACUUCACCAAGUCCUAUAACCUACUUAUCCAUGAGCGGACGCACACGGAUGAGCGGCCCUAUACCUGUGACAUCUGCCACAAAGCCUUCCGGAGGCAGGACCACCUACGGGAUCACAGAUAUAUUCACUCCAAAGAGAAGCCUUUCAAAUGUCAAGAGUGCGGAAAAGGAUUCUGCCAGUCCAGGACUCUCGCUGUCCACAAGACGCUACACUCACAGGUGAAGGAGCUCAAACCUCCAAGAUCAAAUGCUAAACAAAGCCUCUGGCGCACCAGAGCCCUGGGCCGCGCUGCCCCUUCUCCAGAGACUCGGCGCUGAAGGCGACUCUGGCGGGCAUCGGGAGGGGCGCCGGGGACCUUACUCCACCCAGCGGUGCCCCUGGGUGCCUCGAGCGCGGGCGCUCCGCAGCUUGCCGGCGCAGAGACCCCCGCGCAGGGCGGCUCCCCUGGGACGCGGCUGGCCUCUGGGCCAGAGAGCGGGACUCACGUGACGGAAGGGAAACAGCAUUAAGAAACGAAGAGAGCUCCGCGGAGCCGCACCGGCGCCUCUCCCAGAAGUAUUACUUUUCAGUUGUUAUUUUAUACGUUUUUUUCUUGCCUUUUUUUCCUGCCCCCGCCCCUCGACCAUACAAGUUUGUAACUGACUGCGGAGAAGGGAGCCGAAAAGAAGCUUCCAACCCCUCCUGGCGUCUCCAGCCCACCCUACUCCACCCCGAGCCUGCAAAGUGUAAUCCUUGUAUCUGCUUCAGCCGCCGCCGCCCUUGGGCCUGCCCGAGCGCCCUCCCAGCUCCGCCGCGCAGCCCGCCCCACCGAGGGCUCCGGUCCGGGAUGGGACGCGGGGACUGCUCGCCCCCGGGGCUGCGGUGCCCCGCUCGGCCUCCUGGCUCCCAGGAGCGUCUCCGCGAGCCGGCAGGCUGGGGCGGGAGUUGCAUUGCGACUGGCACUUUACGCUGACCAUCGGUAAUGGACAUUUAUCACUGGAGUUUUUUUUAACUAUUAAAUAAACGAUUAUUUUACAGGC